AUGGCUUACCCUCCCCCUCAGAAACCGGUGGGCAUUGUUUACUGUGAGGCACACCUGGCUGGUGGCUUCGACUUACAUGUACCACGAUGUAUCGUGAAGGUCUUACUGCAGUCUUCUGUAGGACAACAUGACACCAGUUUACGUUCAAAGACUUCCUUCUGCGGUACAUUUCCAGGGUUGGUGGACUUGCUAACAGCGCAGACCACCAGUGAUGUUGAGCAGUUCUGGGUUCUAUUCCAAUGGGUCCAACGUGAAGGCAGACGUCAGCAACCGCGCAAGUCGCUGCCAGGGGACUCUCCAUUCGAGUUUCUGAGAGCGGUGAAGGACGGGAAACGAUCUUAUGCUGACUUGUACCAGAAAUUGUGCAGCACCGCCGACCUAAAAUGUAAAACCGUAACUGGUCUUUGCAAGUCUACUGGCAACCAAGCGGGCAGACCCUCCGGAGAACGAGGUAACGUUACUUUCAAAUCGUCAUCGUGGAACGUGGUAACCAUCAAUGGAAGACGCGCAUUGGUGGACUGCCAAUUCGAACUGAACUUCGACCCGGACCGAAUGCCGCCAUGUUAUUUCUUGUCGCUCCCUACCCACUUUGCCACUACCCACUUUCCUGAUGACAGGUCCCUUCAACUGCUCCAGGGCAGCGUCACGUUGGCACAGUUCCGAAGCCACGACACUUGUUUGAAAUCAUCAGCGCGUGGAAAGGUAGCCGCGGAGGGGUCUCCAGUUAGAAAGAAAGCGAAACGAGAUGAACCUAAAGAAGAAAGGAAGACGUCGGAGGCAGAGUCCAGGAAGGAUCCCGACAGCGAUCCGAUUAUGACGCUCGAUGAACUGAAGGAUGACCGCCUUAAACCAAUUCCAGAAGGUUAUACCCAUCACAUCAUGAUCAGUUACUGCCAUAAGCAGAGGAAGAAGGUCGCCAAGAUCAGAAAACAUCUCGACAAGCUAGGCUACAAGGUGUGGAUAGACGAGGAAGACAUGGAAGGGACCUUGGCAAGCUCCAUGGCAAAGGGGAUCAUCAAUGCUGCAAUUAAUGGGACAACAUAA